GCCAAAAUGGCCAAUCAUUAUGAAGUUCCAAAUUGGGCCGGCAAACCGCCUGUUGGCUUGCAUUUAGACGUUUUAAAAGGCGAAAAGCUAAUCCAAAAGUUGAUGAUUGAUGAGAAAAAAUGUUACUUAUUUGGAAGAAACGUACAAAUGAAUGAUUUCUGUAUAGAUCAUGCUUCAUGUUCUCGAGUACAUUGUGCCUUAGUUUGGCACAAACAUCUCAACAGGGGUUUCUUAGUGGACCUAGGAAGCACACAUGGAACCUUUAUUGGUACAAUGCGUUUAGAGGGUUACAAACCAACUCAGUUACCUAUAGAUUCUACAUUUCAUUUUGGAGCAAGUACAAGAAAUUAUAUUAUAAGAGAAAGGCCUCAAAAUGGCAUGAGGCCCAUUAUUGAUGAAAUUGAGAAAGCUGGAGAAGAAACCGAAGGAGGUUUAUUGGGUCUUCCUGAGACAGAAACUGAGUUAGAUAAUUUAACAGAGUUCAAUACAGCCCACAACAGAAGAAUUUCCAUGCUGGGUAUAUCUGAUGACCAAGAAAAGCGUAAUAGCAGAAAACGCAAAAGACAAAGUGUUUCUUUCAAUGAAGACGAGGAAAUCAUAAACCCUGAAGAUAUAGACCCCAGCGUGGGGCGUUUUAGAAAUUUAAUACAGUCUACAGUGGUGCCUGCAUCAGCGAAACGAGCGAAAAUGGUUGAAAACAUGGGAAUCCAUCUUUCAGACUUUAAAGUGCCGAAAACGCUGCAUAGUCCUGCGCCAGAUUUAUACAAUGAUCUACCCCCUGAGUCUCAUACAAAUCCAAGUUCCAGUAACUUAAAUUUGUACAGUUCGUUGAGUUCCCGGUUAGGUAUUGUGCUACCUAAUCCUGCUCCUGAUGUGGACAUGGGACAAAGUUUUCCAAAUCCCACACCGUUUGUACCUCAGCAAGUUCAAAAUACCGAUUCUUUGGAGCCGAAGAAGAAAAAGUAUGCCAAGGAGGCAUGGCCAGGAAAAAAACCAAUUCAAACUUUAUUGGUAUAAUACUAUUUUUUGUAUAUUAACUGUUUAGAUUAAGAGGAAAUUAUCGACUGUUUUGUACAUUAUAUUAUAUAUUAUACAGAGUAGCAUUUUAACUAGGAUAGCGUUUAUCUGUUCUAUGUUAAAUGUGUUAACCUGUGUAAUCAGGUAUGUAAUGCUUGUUCAAUUUUAAUUUUUUGAGUAUUAUUAAUAGGAACAAAUAAAUCUUUAACACACG